AUGUUUCUCAAGGCUUCUUAUACAACCACGGUUCUAGCCGCUCUUGGCUUGAUACUGGCUUUACAAAUCCAGUUGGUUCAUGCCUUGCCUCUCCAGACAUCUGCCGCCAUCAAACCCACAACACAAAUAAACCACGAUGCAAAGCCAUGGCUGGCCACAAGGGCGCGGCAAUCACCCCAGACCACAAAUCUCCUCCGUAACCACGAAGAGGACAACACAUCGUCGACGGUACCGCUCCUCGUUGUCCCAAACGACACGUUUCGAAUUAUUAGAGAUCUUCCACAGCAACUUCUUCGGCGGGCGUCUGGCGUAGCAACCAACCAGACAUUCCUCACAGCCAUGUUCGUGGUUCUGAUCGUCGUAUCGGUGCUUAUUGGAGUGGCAAUUGGCUCCAUCGCCAUCUGUGGCUUGGAUUGGAAGCGGUACCUGUCCAGAUCAAAGCCGAGAGAGUAUAUGGAGGAAAAGGGCUUGGCGAAGGGGCUAGAGAAUACCUUGCUCGUUGAAACGUUUGAGGAAGAAGAUGGCCCAGAAACAGUAAAUGUCCGCCGCGAAUCCUACGAUCGCGGUCUCGUAAUGCCUAUGCGUUUGGCCCUCUGGUCACAGGGCCGCGGUUCGGAGAACCGUGUCAAAAGGGUCACUUCUGCAACCGUGGAAAAGAAAAGGAAAGAUUAUCUGCCUCCUUAA